AUGUCAAAUUACAUAUUCUUAAUUCCUUUGAAUAAUUCAUUUGAAUUGAAGAUUAUCCAUUUAAAUGAUAAAAUUAAAAUUGGUAGACAGACAAAUGCACGCACAAUACCCAACCAAGGCAAUGGUUACUUUGAUUCCAAAGUUUUAUCCCGCCAGCACGCCGAAAUAUGGUCAGAGGCUUCCGUUGUCUAUAUACGCGAUUUAAAAUCUUCAAAUGGCACUUUCCUCAACAAUGAGCGUCUAAGUCUGGAAGGUGUUGAGUCUUCUGCCGUGCAGCUGAAUCCGGGAAAUUUACUGGAAUUUGGUAUUGAUAUCAUCGGCGACGACAACAAAACAAUUAUUCAUCGAAAGGUUUCCUCUAAAAUAUUAAUUGCUUCAAAUGAGCAUGAGUAUCUGGAGUGUCAACAGCAAAUAUCCCAACAACCUCAAUCUUCAGUUAGUAUUCAUAAAUGCUUUGAUAAACUCGAACAGGAGAUUAAAUCUUCGAAAGAGAUCUCCUCUAACCUCCAAAACAUUUCCACUGACUUCAACUCUAUCAAUUCCUCCCUUCGAGGGCAACUGCCGACUAAUUACCAACCAUCUGCCAGUCUCGCUAACAACCCAAUCGAUGUGUCUUCUAUACAGCAGCAAAUAUCUCAUUUCAGCCAGCAACUUCAGUCUCAGCAAAAGAAUUACGAGCUCCUUCAGUCUGAGCACAGCACGCUUAGAUCUAAAUUCGAGAACUUUGAUGGAAGGUUGAGAAGUGACAAUGUGAGUGAGAAGGAAAAGGAUCAGCAGCAUCACAACGAUGACAGCUUCGACUCCUCCGACGACAACAGCAUCGCAACUCAGAGACCCAAGACUCCCGAACCUAGUGCAUCGCCUGAACAGAGUGAGCAGAAUAAUUACAGUGAAAUUUCGAACCAAGUAAACCACUCAAACCACUCGAAUGACACCGAACUCCCUUCAUACACCGAACUUGUCUCACAAAACUCCUCUCUAGCCACGCGGUUGAGCACACUAUCUGAUGAAAUGUCGACAAUGCACGACCUCCAACUAAACAUGUCGUCGAGGGUGGAUAAAUACGAUUCGCGUUUGUCUGCACUCGAGGAGAGUGCGCGUGGUACACUUAAUUGGCGUUCUCGUUGGGAAAAUGCAUUAAACGCUCAGCGCUCCACCCACACAGAAGAACUCAGUAAAAUACUCUCUGAAUACGACAGAAAACAGACACAUGUCCUCUCCAAAUACCAACUUAAAGAGAAGAAGAGUGCUAGUGAUAGUGGUGGCAAAACAUACAAAUUCGUUGGCUUGCUUAGCAUCUUUAUGCUCGGGUUAGCUGCAUACACUGUGUUCAGCAGACAGCAGUAG